GCGGGACAAAGGGCUUCCUUUCCGAUCCAAGAUGGCUGCGUCCAUGGCCCGGCGCUUGUGGCCUUUGCUGGCUCGUCGAGGGCUUCUUUCCCGGGGAGACUGCCUGUACGACCAAAGCCCAAGGAAAAAUUUUGUUACAGAGAAACGAAGCCGGAAUCUCCUGUACGAGCAUGCGCGCGAAGGAUACAGCGAGCUCCCCCAUCUGGACGUGGAGCUGCUCUGCGCAUGCCCAGAAGAGGUCGCGCGCGCCCUGGAGCUCCGCAAGGGGGAGCUGCGGCCGGCGGAUCUGCCUGGGAUCAUCUCCACAUGGCAGGAGCUGAGGCAUCUGCGGGAGCAGAUCCGGAGCCUGGAGGCUGAGAAGGGCACUGUGACAGAAGCGGUGCAGGCCCUGCUGGUGAACCAGGACCACAGCCGAGUGAAGCAGGAUCCUCAAUAUCAAGCCUUGCGGGUGCGUGGCCGGGAAAUCCGGAAGCAGCUCGCACUCCUGUACCCCAAGGAGAGCCAGCUGGAGGAGCAGUUCUAUCUGCAGGCGCUGAAGCUGCCCAACCAUACCCACCCAGACGUGCCCGCCGGGGAUGAGAGCCAGGCCCGCGUGCUCCAGGUGGUCGGAGACAAGCCAGCUUUCUCCUUCCAACCUCGGGGCCACCUGGAAAUUGGCGAGAACCUUGACAUCAUCCGGCAGAAGCGCCUGUCCCAUGUGUCGGGCCACCGCUCCUAUUACCUGCGUGGCGCAGGGACCCUCCUGCAGCAUGGCCUGGUCAACUUCACUCUCAGCAAGCUUGUGCGCCGGGGCUUCACCCCCAUGACGGUGCCAGACCUCCUCCGCGGAGCCGUGUUUGAAGGCUGUGGGAUGACACCAAAUGCCAGCCCAUCCCAGGUUUACAACAUUGACCCCUCCCGCUUUGAAGACCUCAGCCUGGCUGGGACAGCAGAGGUAGGGCUCGCAGGCUACUUCAUGGACCACAGUGUGGCCUCCAAGGACCUGCCAGUCAGGAUGGUCUGUGCCAGCACCUGCUACCGGGCGGAGACCGACACGGGGAGGGAGCCGCGGGGGCUGUAUCGGGUGCACCACUUCACCAAGGUGGAGAUGUUCGGGGUGACAGGCCCUGGGCUGGCGCAAAGCUCACAGCUGCUGGAGGAGUUCCUGGCCCUGCAGGUGGAGAUCUUGACGGAGCUGGGCCUUCACUUCCGGGUCCUGGACAUGCCUACCCAGGAGUUGGGCCUUCCUGCCUACCGCAAGUUUGACAUUGAGGCCUGGAUGCCUGGGCGAGGCCGCUUUGGAGAGGUCACCAGUGCUUCCAACUGCACAGACUUCCAGAGCCGCCGCCUGCACAUCAUGUUCCAGACUGAAGCUGGGGAGCUGCACUUUGCCCACACGGUAAACGCCACGGCCUGCGCCAUCCCCCGUGUCCUCAUCGCCCUGCUGGAGAACAAUCAGCAAAAGGAUGGCUCGGUCCUCGUGCCCCCUGCCCUUCAGCCGUACCUUGGCACCGAUCGGAUCACAGCCCCCACCCACACACCUCUCCGAUACAUCGGCCCCAACCAGCCCCAGAAGCCCAGGCUCCCCGAGCAGCGAGCAUCAAGCUGAGACCCGCUGGCACCCAUCUGUGGCUUCUCACCGCCUCCUGGAGCUCAGAGCCCCCAGACUCUGGCCUGUCUUCCUGGGCCCAUCCUGAUGCCUGCAUUCCUCACACCAGUUCGAUGCCUGGGCACCGGGACCCACUUCCCUGCCCCUCCUUCCCACUCCCUUGGAGUCAGCCAGCCCUGUGAUUGUGGUGGCCACCUGCAACAGGAACACGGGAUGUAGAAAGGGAACAGAGCUCCAUCCUUCCUCCCUUCUCCCCUCCCGGAUGAACAGAAAUUCCCAAUAAAGAGAGUGGAGAGGACCAGGGA